CUCCAACUUUUCUCCACAUUUUUUUUCUUCCCACAAAGACUGCAGUUGAGGAUUCCAUGCUUGGUGUGCAUUUAUCUGCUGUGUGAAACGCGGGCCUCCUCGACGUCAAGGCGCUGCGAUUGUGAAGCCUCGGCUGUGGAGUGCACACCAGGACUUGGUCUGGAUCCAGGUCUAGAUUGCUCUGCUCAGCCUGGGUCCAAACGGUGAUCAGAGAAUCAGGAGGGGAACGGUAAAAGACUCGUGUUUCAUUCGGAGGGAUCGCUGGACCGACAAAUGGGAUCAGGGAAGCUGGCCCGGGUGCUGCUGGGAUGGGUGGCGGUGUGUCUGGCGCCCGCCCAGGUGGUGUACGGGCAGACUGGAAACGGGAAUGGGGCGCCGCUCCAGGCUAGCCGCUUCACCGCCACCACGGACCAAAGAGAGGUGCAGCGGGUUCGACGUCGUGGCCAGGAGACACUCAGAGGGCCCAAUGUGUGUGGCUCUCGCUUCCACUCGUACUGCUGUCCCGGCUGGAAGACUCUGCCGGGAGGGAACCAGUGUAUUGUCCCGAUUUGCAGGAACUCCUGUGGCGAUGGCUUCUGUUCCAGACCCAACAUGUGUACCUGCUCCAAUGGACAGCUCUCUUCCAGCUGUGGCGCUGGAGGAGGAAUCCAGUCGUGUAAUGUCAGAUGCAUGAAUGGAGGCAGUUGUGCCGAGGACUCCUGCAACUGCCCUAAAGGCUACACGGGCAACCACUGUGGACAACCUGUGUGCGAGAACGGCUGCCAGAACGGCGGGCGUUGCAUCGGCCCCAACAGAUGCGCCUGUGUCUACGGCUUCACGGGCCCUCAGUGCGAGAGAGACUACAGGACCGGGCCGUGCUUCACGCAGGUGAACAAUCAGAUGUGUCAGGGCCAGCUCAGCGGAAUCGUGUGCACCAAGACGCUCUGCUGCGCCACCAUCGGGCGAGCGUGGGGCCACCCUUGCGAGCAGUGCCCCGCCCAGCCCCACCCGUGCAGACGAGGCUUCAUUCCCAACAUCCGCACCGGAGCCUGCCAAGAUGUGGACGAGUGCCAAGCAGUGCCAGGUCUCUGUGCUGGAGGGAACUGCAUCAACACCGUGGGGUCCUAUGAGUGCAAAUGCCCCGCUGGCCACCGUCAGAGUGAAACUAGCCACAAAUGCGAAGACAUUGACGAAUGCAGCACCAUCCCCGGCGUGUGCGAUGGCGGCGAAUGCACCAACACGGCCGGUAGUUACGUCUGCACCUGCCCACGAGGUUACAUCUCCAGCACAGACGGCUCCAGAUGUGUGGACCAGCGCGUGGGCACCUGUUUCUCUGCCCUGGCCAACGGUCGAUGUGCAGCAGAGCAGACGGGCCAGUUCACCAAGAUGCAAUGUUGCUGCGACACUGGCCGCUGUUGGGCUUUGGGGCAGAUCCCCGAGAUGUGCCCAGUGAGAGGCUCUGAUGAAUUCCGUCGUUUGUGCAUCGUGGGCCUUCCUCAGGGACACGGCCUCCCCAACGGAUACCCCAAUGGACACUUCCCCAACAACAACGGCUACGGGUACAAGUUCCCCAGUAUGCCUAACGGGAACGGAGGUAUCGGCGGCAAUGGUGGAGGCGGCUUCGGAGGAAACGGAGGCAGCUUUGGAGGGAACGGAGGCGGCUUUGGCGGGAACGGAGGAACCUUUGGAGGCAAUGGAGGAGGACAUAUAACCCAUCCAAUAGGCACUGUUACUGUGAAUGACACCAUCGAUAUCUGCAAGCACUUCACCAACCUGUGUCUGAAUGGUCGCUGCAUUCCCACACCCACAAGCUACCGCUGUGAGUGCAACAUGGGCUACAAGCAGGAUGUCCGCGGGGAGUGUAUUGAUGUGGAUGAAUGUGUGAGUAAUCCAUGCAUCAAUGGUGACUGUGUCAACACUCCGGGGUCAUAUCACUGCAAAUGUCAUGAGGGCUACCAGGGAACACCCACCAAGCAAGCCUGCAUUGAUAUUGAUGAGUGUAUCGUCAACGGGGUGAUGUGUCGCAACGGCCGCUGCGUCAACACAGAGGGAAGCUUCCAGUGUAUCUGCAAUGCUGGCUUUGAGCUCACACCCGAUGGCAAGAACUGUAUCGAUCACGAUGAAUGUGCCACCACCAACAUGUGUCUGAACGGCAUGUGCAUCAACGAGGACGGCAGUUUUAAGUGCAUCUGCAAGCCCGGCUUUGCCCUCGCGCCCAACGGACGCUACUGCACUGACAUCGAUGAGUGUCAGACCCCCGGAAUUUGCAUGAACGGCCGCUGCAUCAACUCUGAGGGCUCCUUCCGCUGCGAGUGCCCGCCCGGCCUGGCGAUCGACGUGGACGGGAGAGUGUGCGUGGACACGCACAUGCGGACCACAUGUUACGGCGCCAUUAAAAUGGGCACGUGCUCGCGGCCCUUCCCCGGAGCGGUGACCAAGUCCGAGUGCUGCUGCGCCAACCCUGAACACGGAUUUGGAGAACCGUGCCAGCCGUGCCCGUCCAGAAACUCAGCUGAGUUCCAGGCCGUGUGCAGUAGCGGUAUUGGCAUCACAGCGGAUGGCAGAGACAUCAACGAGUGCGCCCUGGACCCGGACAUUUGUCAGAACGGCAUAUGCGAGAAUCUGAGAGGAAGUUACCGUUGCAUCUGCAACAUCGGCUACGAGUCGGACACCAGUGGCAAAAAUUGUGUUGACAUCAAUGAAUGUCUGGUAAACCGUCUGCUUUGCGACAACGGCCUGUGCAGAAACACUCCUGGCUCGUACACAUGCUCCUGUCCGAAAGGUUUUGUCUUCAAGCCAGAUUCAGAGACAUGUGAAGACAUCAACGAGUGCGAUUCGAAACCGUGCGUCAACGGGGUGUGUCGUAACGUGAUCGGGUCCUUCAACUGUGAGUGCACCCACGGGAGCAAGCUGGACUCUACCAACACCAUCUGCGUGGAUAGCAUGAAGAGCACCUGCUGGCUGACCAUACAGGACAACCGCUGCGAGGUGAACAUCAACGGCGCCACGCUCAAGUCCGAGUGCUGCUCCACCUUGGGAGCUGCCUGGGGGAGCCCCUGCGAGCACUGCGAGAUUGACACGGCCUGUUCUCGAGGAUUCGCUCGCAUGAAAGGUGUCGUCUGUGAAGACAUUAACGAGUGUGAGGUGUUCCCUGGAGUGUGUACAAACGGUCGCUGCUUGAACACUCAGGGUUCCUUCCGCUGCGAAUGCGCCGAGGGUCUCACUCUGGACAGUACGGGACGCACAUGCGUGGACAUGCGCAGUGAGCAGUGCUACAUGAAGUGGCACGAGGACGAGUGCGGCGAGCCCCUGCCUGGCCGCUACCGAGUGGACAUGUGCUGCUGCUCUGUCGGGGCCGCCUGGGGCGUCGACUGCGACGAGUGCCCCAAACCCAGCUCACCCGAAUACAGAGCCAUCUGCCCCAGAGGACCUGGUUUUGCUAACAGGGACAUUCUGACUGGCAGGCCUUUCUACAAAGACGUGAACGAGUGUAAGGUCUUCCAGGGUCUGUGCACUCACGGAACAUGCCGGAACACCAUCGGAAGUUUCAAGUGUCGCUGCAACAGCGGCUUCGCCCUGACGGCCGAGGAAAGAAAUUGCACAGACAUCGACGAGUGUCGCAUCUCCCCGGACCUCUGUGGUCACGGCGCCUGCGUCAACACGCCCGGCAGCUUUGAGUGCGAAUGCUUCGAAGGCUACGAGAGCGGCUUCAUGAUGAUGAAGAACUGCAUGGACAUUGACGAGUGCGAGCGGAACCCCCUGUUGUGUCGUGGAGGGACCUGUCUCAACACGGAAGGCAGUUACGAGUGCGAAUGUCCGCCGGGACACUCGCUUAGCAGUGAUGGGUCCGCCUGUGAAGACGUGAACGAGUGCCAGCUGAGUGACAACUUGUGUAGGAACGGUCAGUGUGUGAACAUGCCAGGAACCUACCAGUGCUCCUGCGACACCGGCUACCAGGCCACCCCAGACAGACAAGGCUGUGUUGAUAUCGAUGAGUGCACCAUCAUGAAUGGAGGCUGUGAGACCCACUGCACCAACUCGGAGGGCAGCUAUGAGUGCAGCUGCAGCGAAGGCUACGCUCUCAUGCCCGACCUCAGGACUUGUUCAGAUAUCGACGAGUGCGAGGAGACUCCAGACAUCUGCGACGGAGGGCAGUGCACCAACAUUCCCGGGGAAUACCGCUGCCUGUGCUAUGACGGCUUCAUGGCUUCCAUGGACAUGAGGACCUGCAUCGACGUGAACGAGUGUGAUUUGAACCCUAACAUCUGUCUCCAUGGCGACUGCGAGAACACCAAAGGCUCCUUCAUCUGCCAUUGCCAGCUGGGAUACUUCGUCAAGAAGGGAUCCACGGGAUGCACAGACAUUGACGAGUGUGAGAUCGGCGCGCAUAACUGCGACAUGCACGCCGCUUGCAUCAACGUUCCCGGGAGCUUCAAGUGUCGCUGCCGAGACGGCUGGGUGGGAGACGGCAUCAAGUGUGUGGAUCAGGAUGAGUGCGCUGCAGAGGACCACAACUGCAACCCCAAUGCGGACUGCGUCAACACGCCAGGGUCCUACAGGUGCGCAUGCAAGGAGGGCUUCAACGGAGACGGCUUUUCUUGCUCGGACAUGGAUGAGUGUGCAGACAACGUCAACCUGUGUGAGAACGGACAGUGUCUCAACGCUCCGGGAGGUUACCGCUGCGAGUGUGAGAUGGGAUUCACGCCGACAGAAGACAGCAAGGCCUGUCAAGACAUCGACGAGUGUAAUUUCCAGAACAUCUGCGUGUUCGGAACGUGCCAGAACCUACCGGGGAUGUUCCGCUGCGUGUGCGACGACGGUUAUGAACUGGACCGCAGCGGAGGAAACUGCACCGACAUCAACGAGUGCGCCGACCCGGUCAACUGCAUCAACGGGCUGUGCGUGAACACUCCGGGAAGUUACCUGUGCAACUGCCCGGCCGACUUCGAGCUCAACCCCACGGGUGUCGGCUGCGUAGAUACCCGCGUGGGCAACUGCUUCUUGGAUAUCCUGGCACGCGGCGAUGGAGGAAUCUCCUGCAGCGCCGAGAUCGGAGUGGGUGUGACCAGAGCUUCGUGUUGCUGUUCUCUGGGAGGAGCCUGGGGGAACCCCUGUGAACUGUGCCCCGCCCCUAACUCGACGGAAUAUAGGACCCUUUGUCCCGGGGGAGAGGGCUUCAGACCCAACCCCAUCACUGUCAUCCUGGAAGAUAUCGAUGAGUGCCAGGAGCUUCCAGGUCUCUGCCAGGGUGGAAAUUGUGUCAACACCUUUGGGAGCUUCCAGUGUGAGUGCCCAGCAGGUUACUACCUCAAUGAGGAGACUCGCAUCUGUGAAGAUAUUGACGAAUGCACCACCCACAUUGGCAUCUGUGGACCUGGCACCUGCUACAACACCUUGGGCAACUACACGUGUGUGUGCCCCCCCGAGUACAUGCAGGUCAACGGGGGCAACAACUGCAUGGACAUGAGGAAAAGCGUUUGUUACCGCAACUUCAACGACACGUGCGAGAACGAGCUGUCCUUCAACAUGACCAAGAAGAUGUGUUGCUGUGCCUACAACGUGGGCAAAGCCUGGAACAAGCCCUGCGAGGCGUGCCCCACCCCUGCCACCUCCGAGUACCAGCUGCUUUGUGGUAACCAAGCGCCCGGCUUCAUCAUCGACAUCCACACUGGCAAGCCAGUUGAUAUCGACGAGUGCAGGGAAAUCCCCGGCAUCUGUGCCAACGGCGUGUGCAUCAACCAGAUCGGAAGCUUCCGCUGUGAAUGUCCGAUGGGCUUCAGCUACAACAACAUACUCCUCAUUUGCGAAGAUAUUGACGAGUGCAACAGCGGGGACAACCUGUGCCAGCGCAACGCCAACUGCAUCAACAUUCCGGGCAGUUAUCGCUGCGAGUGCUCGCCGGGCUUCAAACUCUCCCCCAGCGGGGCCUGCGUGGACCGCAACGAAUGCCAAGAGAUCCCCAACGUGUGCAGCCACGGGGAGUGCAUCGACACCCAGGGAAGUUACCGCUGCCUCUGCCACAACGGCUUCAAGGCCACGGCAGACCAGACCAUGUGCAUGGACAUCGACGAGUGCGACAGGCAGCCGUGCGGCAACGGCACCUGUAAGAACACGGUCGGGUCCUACAACUGCCUGUGCUUCCCCGGGUUCGAGCUCACGCACAACAACGACUGCAUGGACAUCGAUGAGUGCAGCGCCCUGCAGGGUCAAGUGUGCAGGAAUGGCCAGUGCAUCAACGGGCUGGGGUCCUUCCAGUGUCUCUGCCUGGAGGGUUAUGAGAACACGCCCGACGGGAAGAACUGUGCCGAUAUCAAUGAGUGUGUGAGUCUGCCCGGCACGUGCUCCCCGGGGACUUGUCAGAACUUGGAUGGAUCCUUUCGAUGUAUUUGUCCUCCGGGCUACGAGGUGCAGAACGACCAGUGCAUUGAUAUCAACGAGUGUGAGGUGGAGCCAAACCUCUGCCAGUUUGGCACCUGCACUAACACCCCCGGCAGCUUCCAGUGCACCUGCCAGCCGGGCUUCGUGCUCUCCGACAACAAACGGCGCUGCUACGACACCCGGGAGAGUUUCUGUUUCACCAAAUUCGAGGCAGGGAAGUGUUCCGUGCCAAAAGCGUUCAACACCACCAAGGCCAAAUGCUGCUGCAGCAAGAUGCCUGGGGAGGGCUGGGGGCUGCCUUGCGAGCUGUGCCCCCGAGAGACCGAAGCUGCUUUUAACACCCUGUGUCCCUACGGCCACGGAGCACUUCCCGGACCGGGCAACGCUCGUGAAGAUAUGAACGAGUGUCUGGAUAACCCUGGCAUCUGCCAGAAUGGGAUCUGCAUCAACACUGACGGCUCCUUCCGCUGCGAAUGCCCCUUCGGGUACAACUUGGACUACACGGGAGUUAACUGUAUUGACACUGACGAGUGCUCUAUCGGAAACCCGUGUGGAAACGGAACCUGCACCAACGUGGUUGGAGGCUUUGAGUGUUCGUGCCAGGAAGGCUUUGAACCCGGACCCAUGAUGACCUGCGAAGACAUCAACGAGUGCUCAAAGAACCCGCUGCUGUGCGCCUUCCGCUGCGUCAACACCUUCGGCUCCUACGAGUGCAUGUGCCCCGCUGGCUACGUGCUGCGAGACGACCAGCGCAUGUGUCGAGACCAGGAUGAGUGUUCCGAGGGUCUGGAUGACUGUGACUCCAAGGGGAUGACGUGUAAGAACCUGAUCGGGACUUUCAUGUGCAUUUGCCCCCCGGGCAUGCAGCGCCGUCCCGAUGGAGAGGGAUGUAUGGACCUGAACGAGUGCAGAGCCAAGCCUGGCAUUUGCAAGAACGGACGCUGCGUCAACACGGUGGGAAGCUACCGCUGCGACUGCAACGACGGCUUUGAGCCCAGCUCCACCGGAACCGAGUGCAUUGACAACCGCAAGGGCUUCUGUUACAUGGAGGCCCUGCAGACGAUGUGCCAGCAGUCGUCCACCAACAGGAAUAGCGUGACCAAGUCCGAGUGCUGCUGCAAUACGGGUCGAGGCUGGGGCUCGCAGUGUGAGCUCUGCCCGCUGCCUGGCACCGUCCAGUACAAGAAGAUGUGCCCUCUUGGACCCGGGUACACCACUGAUGGCAGGGAUAUCAACGAAUGUCAGGUGAUUCCAGACCUGUGUCGUAACGGUCAGUGCAUCAACACCAUCGGAUCCUUCCGCUGCCACUGCAACAUCGGAUACAAGACAGACUUCACCGCUACCUCGUGUAUUGACAUGGACGAGUGUGCCCUGUCGCCCAAGCCGUGUAACUUCCUGUGUAAGAACACGGAGGGAAGCUACCUCUGCUCCUGUCCUCGAGGGUACAGCCUGCAGCCUGAUGGGAAGACCUGCAAAGAUCUGGAUGAGUGUUCAACCAAGCAACACAACUGCCAGUUCCUUUGCGUCAACACCAUCGGGGGCUUCACCUGCAAGUGUCCUUCUGGAUUCACGCAGCAUCAAACAGCCUGCAUCGACAACAACGAGUGCACGGCUCAGAGCAGCGUGUGCGGCGCUCAGGCUGCUUGCGUCAACACGCCGGGUAGCUUCAACUGCGAGUGCUCCAAAGGCUUCUCCUUGGACACCACCGGUCUGGAGUGUGAAGAUGUGGAUGAGUGCAGCAGUAACCACCGCUGUCAACAUGGCUGCCAGAACAUGCUGGGAGGUUACCGCUGCGGCUGUCCUCAAGGCUACGUGCAGCACUACCAGUGGAACCAGUGUGUGGAUGAAAACGAGUGCCAGUCAGGCUCCAUGUGUGGCUCCGCCUCCUGCUACAACACCCUGGGCAGCUACAAGUGCGUGUGCCCGUCCGGCUUCGACUUUGAGCAGUCUGCCGGCGGCUGCCAGGAUGUGAACGAGUGCUCGCAGGGCAGCAACCCCUGCAUCUACGGCUGCUCCAACACAGACGGAGGAUACCUGUGUGGCUGUCCUGGUGGGUUCUACCGGGCCGGACAGGGUCAUUGCAUAUCAGGCUCAGGCUUCCCAGGCCAGUUUGGUGUGGAAGGUGAGGACGACGACAGCCUGUCUCCUGAGGCGUGCUACGAGUGUAAGAUCAAUGGAGGAAAGAACGGACGACACAAACGCAACGCUAAUGAAAACGAGCUGGAGCAGGAGGCGGUGAGCCUGGCCAGCAUGGACACCCAAGCCUCCAUCCCCAUGAACCUCUCCCUGGCCUCGCUCCUCAACAAGGAGCCUCUUCUGGAGCUCCUCCCCGCCCUGCAGCCUCUGGAGCACCACGUGCGCUACGUCAUCACCCACGGCAACGCCGACGAACACUUCCGCCUGCUGGAGCGCCGCGACGGAAAGAGCGUGCUGCGGCUCAGCAAGAGGCCGCCGCCCGCCGGGUCCUACCGGCUGGACAUCGCCAGCCUGCCUCUGUUCGGGCCCCGGAGACGACACCAGCUAGAGGAGCAGCACGACAUGGACUACCUACAAGGGGAGAUAGGGGACGCCCUGCGCAUCAAGCUCCACAUCCACCUGCACUGAGCGCACCCCCCUCCCCGACCCCCUCAUGAACUGACCCCCUUUCGAGUGCUAACCUGCCCUUGUAGCCAGCAGAGCGUCAUCAAGGGCGACCAAAGACUGAGUCCAUCAGCCCAACUCCACCACCACUUUAUGUUUUUAUAUGUUCAUGUUUUGUGUGAUGUUUCAUUUUCAUCCUUCCUGUGAGCAGACCUCCUGUGGAGCACAUCGCAGCCACACACCAACACCUUUGACCGCUGACCAAAGCAUAAACAAGACAUAACGGCACACACGUCCAUGAAGCACUUUUGUACGCAAGCAAGUCAAAAAAAACAUGAGGAAAAAAGUGCUGAGUUGCCAACGUUGCCUUCCUGCAUGCAUUUGGAGUCCAGCAUUGAAACGUCCUCAUUGGAUCCUCCUCACUCACCUGAUGCCCUUCUUCUCAUUCUUCUCAUGAAUGAAUGAAUGCUGGUUGGUGGACACGACUGCCACACUUUUACACCAUUUCCUCAGCAGCAGACGUGGAAUGAUAUAUAUUACAUAAUAUAUGGCGCAUAUGUUAUAUAGCGUGCUCGUUUGCAUGUUAGCUUUUACCUCAGUGCUUCUUACGGCCGCCCACACCAGGAAACACUCCAAACACACAAAUCAUCCAAUGGAUAACUUCCUAGUUGCCUUGCUAACUUUGUGGUUGACUGGCUAACUUCCUGGUUGCCUUGCUAACUUUUUAAUAGUUUGGCUAACUUCCUGGUUGCCUUGCUAACUUCCUGGGUGCCUUUCUAACUUUGUGGUUGACUGGCUUACUUCCUGGUUGCCUUGCUAACUUUUUAAUAGUUCGGCUAACUUCCUGGUUGCCUUGCUAACUUCCUGGUUGACUGGCUUACUUCCUGGUUGCCUUGCUAACUUCUUGAUAGUUUGGCUAACUUCCUGGUAACCUUGCUAACGUCCUGGUAGCCUGGCUUACUUCCUGGUUGCCUUGCUAACUUCGUGGUUGACUGGCAUACUUCCUGGUUGCCCUGCUAACUUUAUGGUAGCCUGGCUAACUUCCUGGUGACCUUGCUAAAAUCCUGGUAGCCUGGCUAACUUUAUGGUAGUCUGGGUAACUUCCUAGUAACCUUGCUAGCUUACUGGCAUUUGGCUAACUUCCUGGUAACCUUGCUAACUUCCUGGUUGUCUGGUUAACUUCCUGGUAACCUUGCUAACUUUUGGCUAACUUCUUGGUUUCCUGGCUAACUUCCUGGUUGCCUGGCUAACUUCCUGGUAAACUAGUUAGCUUCCCGGUAGCCUGGCUGACUUGUGUUUUGUUCUGUCAAACUGUGUUACUCUCAUGCAGUUGUUUUGGGGCUUUGUGUAUAUUUUUUUUAUUUGCAUGUGUUUUAUGGUGUUUGUGUGUUUUUCCUUUGGGAUGAUUUCUGUGUUUGGAGCGUUUGGACGUUGCUGUCGCCCACCGUAGUUUCUCACCCAACAUGGACCGCGGACGAGAUGCUGACAUGCAAACUAAAAAGGGUGCUAAAAAAAGUGCUACUAUUACUAUUGCAACAACACGUCAUCAGUAGGGUAAAACUAACCUCAGCAUCCAUGAGCAGGGAUUUUUGUAAGGGGUUUUUUUUGUUGUUUUUUGUUUUUUUUUUACAAAGAAGACGGAUCAGGUUGCUUUUGUAUUUAUCCUGUUUUUGGAGGGUUGGCUUCUGCACCCACUGAGUAGCCUGACUUUCUGACUUCUUUCAGCAAAAGUGUCAUCAGGAGGACUGAGUUUACAGCACAGCAUACCUGUCAACCCUCCCGUUUUUUCCGGGAAACUACCGUAAUUUGCCCGUCUUACCUGUAUUUUUCCCGUGUUUUAACGUUCAUGGGGAAAAAAAGGUUGCUCAACAUCAGCAUAACACGGUCAGGCCGUCAAAAUAAAAGAAGCAACCAUAAAAGAACACAGUUGCGCCACAGACUUUUAGGUAGUUGGGUCUUGACAUCAACACACACACACAAGCACACACAUACACACACACAGCGGUGGAAAUUGUUGUAACAGAAUUUCCCUUACUUUCCCUCAUUUUUCCAAAAAGUUUUGUCUUAUUUUCUAAUGCAAAUGUUGACAGGUAUGCAGCACAACAACAAGCAGCUUUACUUAACAGUGCAGGUCAUGCUUUCAUGUCUCAUAUUUUUCCUCUCAAAGAGGGAAAAAAAAAGGUGCUAAUAUUACAACAAUCCCGUCUGCUGUACCAAAAAAAAAAACGCAGUCUUGAAUCUGGAUUGCAAAAGUGACUUUUUUUGUUUGAAACUUGUGCCGGGCUUUAUUAUUGUUGUGUUUGUUUGUACUUUGUAUUGUCUCAGUGCUGAAAAACAACAACAUUAUCAAUCUUGCUUCUUGAAAUUGUCUUAUUUUUAAAUGAAACGUGUUUUUUUUUGUUUUUCUUGGUCAUGAAUAAGGCGGCCAAACAGAAAUCCUGAGAGUACAGUCAAGCGUAGGCUGGAGGUGUUGCCAGCAUGAGGAAGUGCACAGCGUCUAUACAAGACCACAUAAGCAUCAAUGCAACCUUCAGCUUGGAUUCUCCUGGUGCUAAAAGAUGAUUCUUACUGUUUUCAAAGGUGCCACACUGUCCUUGCAGCCUCUCGGCCAUGUUUGUCACGCAUAACCGGUUUGUCUUCUUCCUAACCUGGAAAGCUUUCUAACACUUAGUAUUUUUAAUCGUGUCCGUUUCUCUGCGGGUUGUUGUUGUUGUUUUUUUUUACAUUUCAGUGCCAAACUUGAAUAGUGCCAUCAUCAUCAUCAUCACUUGCACUGAAAUAUGAUGUGCCGGAAAACAAGCAGGUGGACGUUUGAGUCCUUUAAGGAAAUGACGCAGCACAUUUAUGAGCUGGAGUUGCAAAUAUCACACUUUUCAUAUCCUCGUCCUCACUUAUGUGCAAAAAGCAAAGACAGUGUAAAAUGGGAAUGAUUCACCUUAUAUUGUAAACCUUUUUGUCCUGUGAUCAUUUGCAAUAAAGUA